UAAAAAAUGAAGUCCCUCCAGCUCUCAAUGUUACUGCUUUCUCUUGUUUUGGCUGCUCUUUUGUCGUUUUCAAUGGGGGCUUUGCCUCAUGAAGAUUUUCUUCAAUGCCUUUCCCUUCGUUCAAAUGAUUCUUCUACUAUUUCCAGUGUGAUUUACACACGAAAUAAUCCUUCUUAUUCGACUGUUUUGGAAUCUACAAUACGAAAUCUUCGGUUCAAUUCGACUAAUACCCCAAAGCCUUUGGUCAUUGUAACACCGUCGCGAACAUCCCAUUUUCAAGCAACGAUUUACUGUUCGAGGAAACAUGGGCUCCAAAUUAGGACCCGAAGUGGCGGCCAUGAUUACGAAGGUCUUUCGUAUGUCGCCAAAGUCCCCUUUGUUGUCGUCGACUUGGUUAAUUUCCGAUCGGUGGAUGUCGACGUUGAAAACAGAGUUGCAUGGGUUCAAGCUGGUGCGAUUCUCGGUGAAGUUUAUUAUAGAAUUGCAGAAAAAAGUAGAACACUAUCCUUUGCGGGUGGCGUUUUUCAUUCAAUUGGAGUUGGCGGUUUUAUUAGCGGCGGAGGUUUCGGGUUAUUGUUCAGAAAAUACGGUACUGGCGGUGAUAACGUGAUUGACGCUCAAUUCAUCGACGUAAAUGGAAGAAUUCUUGAUAGGAAAUCUAUGGGGGAAGAUUUGUUUUGGGCGAUUCGAGGUGGUGGUGGUGGUAGCUUUGGGAUCGUACUUGCCUGGAAACUAAAACUCGUUCCAGUUCCUGCAACUGUGACGGUAUUUUCCGUCAGCCGAACACUCGAACAAAACGCUACCCAACUCAUCCUUCGAUGGCAAGAGAUCGCUCAUCAACUUCCCGACGAAAUGAACCCUGACGUUUCCAUGUUCAGCGUUAAUUCAACUCAAGACGGGAGGAAAACAAUUAUUGCUUCGUUCAGUUCAUUGUUCCUCGGCACCAUUGACGAGCUUCUCCCAAUUAUGCAACAAAGAUUCCCCGAGCUCGGAUUAUCAAGACAAGAUUGCUCCGAAAUGAGUUGGAUCGAAUCGAUCCUUUACUUCAACCAACUCCAAAACCAACCCUUGGAAAUUUUGCUUAACAGAACUUUCCGAAACCCCGUUGGCGGUCAAUACUACAAAAUCAAAUCUGACUACGUAAAGGAACCCAUCUCCGAAACUGCAUUGAAUGGUUUAUUUUCAAGACUUUCCGACGAAGAAGCCUCGUCGGCCAUCAUUAUCUUCAUGGCUUAUGGCGGAAUCAUGGAUCGGAUUCCUGAGGACGCAACACCAUUCCCGCAUCGAGCCGGUAAUUUGUACAAAAUCUAUUACAACGUGAAUUGGCAAGAACAAGACAACGUCAACUCGCAAAAAUACAUCGAUUGGUCAAGAAGAGUUUAUAAUUAUAUGACUCCAUUCGUUUCGAAAUCUCCCCGAGAGGCUUAUGCCAAUUAUCGAGAUCUUGACAUUGGCUCCAACAAUGUGGGUAUCACAAGCUAUACGCAAGCAAGCGUUUGGGGUCGUAAAUAUUUCAAAAACAACUUUGAUCGAUUGGUGCAAGUGAAGACAAAAAUUGAUCCUGAGAACUUUUUCAAGCAUGAACAAAGCAUUCCUCCCCUGCAUUAACAUGCUGAAAAAAAGAAAUAAUUAUGUGUCAUUGAAAAAAUUAAGUAAAAUAAAAGGGUUUCAAUACAAAUUAGAUUUAUCAGAUUGCUAAAUAAAGAGUUCAGGGCAUUUAUAGUGUGAUGGUAGAACCCUGGACUAAUAACCUUAAGUCUUUGGAACAAUUUGUAAGUAGGUUUUAUC